UCAUAUCUGCACCGACACAGCCACACGUGACUUCAUUCAUGUCUAACAACAAAACGCUACGCUGAGAGAGUGGCAGUGAGUUUGAUGUCCCAGACGUCAUUUGUUUCCGUGUGUAUGCUACAAAGUGUCGGUAGGAAGAGGAAGAAAUUGAUACGCAGCGUUAGGAAAAGCAAUGAAGUGGAGAAACCCCGAUGCAAAUAGGUAAACAAGCGCAAUUGAACUUUGGAUUACUCAACGGGGUGACAGUGUGAAGUUUCAAGGCCUGCUGUCUCGAAGAUGAGCGUUUGGGUGUUUGCCGGUGCGGUAACGACCGUGGUGAUACUAUGGCCAGGAAUGGGUCUUGGUCUUACCCCACCCACAAGUCAUACGACCCCCUUCUCCAACGCGACACCGGUCACAGUUGCGCCAGCUGACAAAAUCAACUACACCUUGGUACUGACCAAUGAUGGACCAGUGGUACUAGAUUCCCAGCUGACCUUCACUGCCAGUCUUCUAGAUCACCAGGGGAGGGUUGCCAAAUCGAAUAUGUUCCGCUAUGACUGGAACAACAAUGCUGAUAAGAACUUCGCAUCAAAGUUGGGAGACCUCACGUCCUCUUACCAUCGCAAGUUCAGCAGCGAAGUAACGAAGGCAGGACGAUGGGUUAUGACAGUGGCAGUGUAUGGUGGGAAGGAGUACUCAGAAAUGGUCAACUUCGGCAGUAUGGAAUUUGCCCUGACAGAAUAUUUGAAUGGGAUGAUGCACUCAAACCAAACCCUCCAGUAUCAGAGACAAAAGAACACAUUUUCAACUGGAAAAACGAUUCAUUUAUUCGCCAACUUUACAGACAAGUUUCCCAAUGAACUCUUCCGGCCAUCUUAUGACUUCUACUGGUACAAGAAUGGUGUUUUCUUCCAGUAUACCCAAGUACCACAUUGUGAACUGACUGUGGAAACUGAAGACAAUGUCACAAUUGAGACUAUGCUUCGUAUGACUUUUGAUGAUUUUCCUCCCCCAUUACUUCAGAGGGAGAGAAACUCAAGGCCAUUAAAUGCUAAACCAUGUAGUCCAGAGACUUUUAGAGGUGUCAAUUCUUCAUUGUCAAGGAGACAAGGAAAUUAUUUUACUCUCCGGGACAAGUGUGGAAGUAUAUCACAGCGUGUCUCUGUUAAAGAGCCCCUGAAGACAGUUGAUGUAGUUGGUGACUUGAGUGCCGCAAUUGGGCAAUACAUAUCAGUCAACAUAACCUGUAAUGGAAGCUACCCUACCUCAGUGUGCUGGAAUGUGACUGCCCUCAACACCAGUGUCCCGUCUUCACCAAUGUGCAAGCCCGCAGAGUUCCUGAGUACCUGUAACCACCAGGUCCGCAUCAAACUGACUGAUUUGGGAUGGAGGACGGUCAAGUUCACUGUCUACAACGAUGUCAGCUACAUGUCGUCCUCCUUCAAUGUCUAUGCGUAUGAUUCAGAUACUGUGAAUGUUCCAGCUCUGACCAUACCGAUUGUAUUCUGCACAAUAGGAAUUGUCAUCGUUAUUGUUGGCACAAUAUACCUCAACAAGUUACGCAAAAAGCCAAUCAUUGAAGUAGCCGAUUUUGACUUCCACCCGUCAAUGUCAACGGAAGGGGCAGGCAACUAUCUGUACCGACUUGUCAACAAGAUGAAACUGAUAUGGUACAGGAACAGAUAUUCCAAGAAACACACAAAUCCAGAUUUCCAGGAGACAACGGCUAAACAGUAUGGUGCCACCAACGAGUAUGAGAGCUUAUAGAACAGUCCGAGUCAGAACAUCCAGUGCCACACAAAGAGUUCCUGCUCAUUUGUGCACACAGGAUUUUAUCUUCUCUGUAAUAGCCAUUGUACACAUUGAGACAACGGCUAAACAGUAUGGUGCCACCAACGAGUAUGACAGCUUAUAGAACAGUCCGAGUCAGAACAUCCAGUGCCACACAAAGAGUUCCUGCUAAUUUGUGCACACA